AUGUCUUCGAUAGACCAACAACAUCAAUCGCCAUAUCAGUACCAAUACUCACCAAAGAUCAAUACCGGUGCAUUCCCACUAAGAUCGCCACCGCAAAAUAACCAUAUGAUUCACACUUUCACCGCCAAUAAUAGCAGUAGUAAUGUACUGGACAAUACAAUGGCAACUGCACCGUCAAGAUUUUCCAAAACAUUGGAACCAUCAGAGUAUGUAACAACUCAAUUUCAAAAUUUAUCAGUUGGACCUAGAACUGUACCGAAUUCCGCAAAGUUGUCAUCGUUAUGUCUGUUUUUUGAUCACAUUGUUAAUUUAAAAGAUGCAGAGACCAUUUUACAAAAGACGAAAGAUUUUCAAUUUUAUAAAAAUUUGCAACAACAACAUGAUCAGGAGGCAAGUGUUAAAAAUGGAGUAAGUGGUAAAGUUUAUGAUGAAUUGUUCACCUCACUUGGAGCGCAUUUGGCUAUACCUUUUGAUUUGUGGUUACGAGACGAAAUUUGCAUCAAAGAUAUCAAAGUCAAGGUCACUAUGUUGAAGGAAAUUAAUGGUAUGAUCGAUGCUGAAUUAAAGGAUGUUGCAAAUCAAUCGUCAUUCGAGGUGACAUUGAAUUACUAUGGCAAGUUGCUAACGGCUUAUAAUUUCUAUGAAAUUCCCCUGAGGAGUUCCGCGUACAAGCAGUUGACAGGCAGCGCUAAUCGCAACGGCAAUAGCAAUCACAUCAUCAAUGGAUCCUUUCAUGAUCAAAUCGACGAAGAGUUGGAGUUUAAUCGAGAUAGGUUGAGCACUUCUUCACCUGAUUUUGAUUUUGGGUAUUUGGAGAAGCCAUUUUAUCGAAGCCAUUCCAAUCAGUCCAACGAUUCAUCACCAAUUACGCAUCACGAUAAGCGUACCAGUACUAGUAGUGUCCUGUCAAAGAAACGUUUCUCAUCCUUUUUAACCGGUGGAAGUGGAUCUCAUCAUAAAGAGGGACAAAAUGGACCUACUUCGUCACCUGAUGUACGCGAUGGGAAUCAUCGCCGGUCACAAUUUCUGACUCCAACAACACCACCCCAACCACACUUUAAACAGUUUUCGUCAUCAACAUCAACAUCAACAUCAACAACGACUCCGCCUUCAAGUCAUUAUCAGCAGCAGCAACAGCAACAACAGCAGGAUGGAAGUCCUACUCCAAAGAGCCACUUGUAUGAAAACGCCAACGGAACACCACCGUCAUCACACAAUCACAACUCAAUGUCGGUGAACAAUAUUUUAUCCAAACUGAAAUUGUACAAUCGAAUGAAGAGAAACCGAGAGCUGGCCUCUUCUGUUAAUACUUCUACAUCACAUCAAAGCUACCCCAGUAAUAGAAGCAGUAUAGCUACUACUGCUUCUGGGGGUGGGGUUGUUUCAUCAUCAGGUGGAUCACGUAGGAGAAGCCUGGUCACUAAUGUCAAACACCUUUUUGGUGGUGGUGGUGGCAACAACAACAAUAGUGGGAGUGGGAACAGCAGUACCAAUGGUGAUGUAUCUUCAUUUGAUUCAUCCAGAACGUUAAUGCCAGCCGACUCGUAUCCACAAUCAACCGAAAACAUAGUCUUAACAAAGGAAGAGAAGCUUGAAAAUAGUAAAGACAAGCAUGAGUAUUAUAUUCAAAUUGAUCAAUUAAUGAAAGAAACUAGGCGCAUUUUAACAAUUUUAUUCAAUUCUAGUGAUUCAAGUGUCAAGGGAAACGCCAAACUUGGUAAACUAGUUGAUUUUGUCACAACUAAAGUAUUCAAGUUUCUAUUGAUUGAUGUUGUUUCCAUGAUUUUAACUUAUUGUGAUUUAAAAUGUUGCAAUUUCAAAGUUGUUUAG